AUGGAUGCUUUGCAGUUUGACCUCUUCCAGUCCAUGAUUGCUGGUGAGGAGUCCAAGGCCCAGGCGGUUUUCAACGCUAUGCAGAUUUGUGCAAAGGACCAGAACGACCGCUUGGCGAACUGGUUCAGAGGGUACAGCCGUUACGGACCGGACGAAACAAGUCAAGGGCAAGGGCAUGUUGAACGCUGGCAAGGGCAUGUUAAACGCUUCAGCAAGUUGGAGGAAAUCCAAAGUUUCCAAAGUGUGCAUCAUGAGGACUUGCAGCAGCACGCUUGCUGGCCCAGUGAUGACAUCGGAGAGGCCAAGGCAAUCGAAAUCCUGGCUGCGACUGCAGAGUGGCUUAAGGACACCUUUCGGACGGAACUCGCCUGCGUUGUUGGCAAGGUGAAUGAUGACGCGCCGAAAGAGACCGAGACUAGUGCGAAGCCAGGCUACACGCUACAGCCCGAGUCCGGCUCCCAAUGGAACCCCGGAGAUGUACUUGGCUUCGUCCUCGCUCCUGUCAAGGAUCCGAAGCGCGCCCUCGACAAAAUCAAGGGAGACUAUGAGAAGGACUACGAGCAGAAAAAGAAGACAAGUAAGCCGCUGGCGCGCUAUGUGUGUGACUUCUUGCGGGCCACAAUCUACGCAGCCGACCCGGAGGUGUUGGCCAAGGCCUACGACGUUCUGAAGAAACAGCGAGAGCACAGCAUCUUACGCGUGAAGAACAAGUUUGGGAACAACAGCCUCCCGGCCGAAGAUCGCACAAGCAUUCUCGUGAACCUUUGGGUCAAGGAUGGCAAGCACAAACUGAUUGCUGAG